AGUGCGCGUUCCAGUAGUAUAGUUCGUUGAUAUCGGUAUGCUUGGAUGAUUGUAUUUAUUAUUUCAAUCUGUCAUAUUGAAUCAGCUGACACAUAGGCCCCACCUGUUGGUGUGUGUGUCAAUUCAAACAUACUAUAGUCUAACUGAACUGCAGAGAAAUUUGUUUCUGGAAAAAUUAGACUAAUCUAGUUUUAACAUUAGAACUAGCAGUAUAUCAGUGUUUAUUUACAUAUAGUCCACACAGCCAUUUCAAUAGUGAUAAUAUUUAAUAGUAAAAAAUGAUAAAUAUCUUGUAAGCCCUACAGGGGUGUUAGGCAGAAGAUUUUAGUACGCAUUGGCUGAUUGAGACACAAAGAUUGCCACUAAGACCUUUUGUAGUAUUGAAUAUGUCUUUGUAACUGGUGUUGUAGGUCAAGGAGUUGCAAGCAGCUUAAUAUGUGCAUAUACAAUUGCUUAUAAUUAUACCAUUACUCAUCUCAAGGGAAAAAAUGAAAAUAAGGUUAAUAAUUACAAGAAGUUUUCAAAAUUCCUUCUGUUCGCAUCGAUGUAAAGCUGUGUGCGUUAAACAUUCAUUGUAUAGAAUUUGCAAGGAUUUACGGUUUUCCCCCACUUCUAAUGCUGUAGUGUUGUUCUACGUGCAGUCAGUUUUUCUACAUUGUCUACCAGUGUCUCGUUAAUUAAAUCUUUUAGAUAGCCUCAAAGCAAAAAGUCCAACAGGGUAAGAUCAGAAGAUCCUUCAGACCAGUGGAUGGAGCCCUUUCUCCUCUAAUCCAUUGUCUUGGUUGAGAAAAUCUGCAUGGCAUGGAUAUUCAUUGAAACAUAAAUGUUUAAACAUGAGAAAGACGAUAGGAAAAGAUGUAACCAGAAGCCCAUAGAAAAAGUGCACAAGAGAACUGUAUUAAACAGGAUGGAAAUGGGCUGCAAUGAAGCCAGUGUGGAGGCAACGAAAACACAGACAUUUCAUGUAAAACAUAGUGCGUAGAAAUAAAUUGCCUUCCUGCAAGCAUAAAACUUAAAUUUUGUCCAUAACAAUAUUUAUGACGACAAGUAUGCUAAUAAUAUGUCCCUUUCCAUAACCACAACUAUCCUAAAAAAUGUACAUCGUUUUUCAGAGUCACACAGUAGAAAUGGUAAGUAUGUGUAAAGCUGUGAUUCUUUCAAAACAUCCAUGUAUUUGAUAAUGAAUUUUAAAUAAAUUACACUAGUGUGUUAGAAAAGAAUCUAAUUUAUUUUGUAGCUAGGCCACAACCCUGAUCAAAUAACCGUGUAUCGUAUAAUUAUUUUAUUGGCCACUACUAAUAUGAAAAUAAAAUGUACUUUUUUUUACAUAUAAUGAGAUUGUACAGACAUUGUUAGUACAUACAGAAUCAAGCAUUUGGUAUAAAUGUAAUUUAAGACAUCAAAAUCAUAUCUUAUAAUUUUAUAUCAGUUUUUAUCUUACACAAACUUAUUAAGCAUAAGUCAUCUAUAUAAUUUUAUUUUGAAAAUUCCAAUAUGAUAAGAACUUUGUAUCCAGAAUUUAUAGACAGUUUAUUAAAUAAUAUAACAGAAACAAUAUGAAAUUUAACAAAAUCUACCUUUUUGCAGCGUGAUCCUGUCUAGUUUUUAUCUAUCCAAGUAACUCGCGUUAAGUUCAGUACAAUAUGAUGAACCAUAGUUUGGUAGCUUCGUAAUUAUCCAGUGAUAAUAUAGUAGAGCGUCAAAGAUUCAGACGUCCGGACCUUUGAUAAUCCGGAUUCAAUUCAGGUGAAAAUUAUUUUUUUGAACAUAUUCAGUACUUGUAUAAAACAAUAAAAACUUACUGUACAGUAUCAGAUUGAUUAAUUAGGCGUCUUUAUCGUUUUAAGGAGACACAGAAACAGAAGAAUUGGAGGAGGUGGAGGAUAAUAGUGAAAAUGAAAAUUGAAGAAGCUGGGUCCACAUAUUCUGAAGUUUUUAUGGCAGCAGACUUUGAUGGCAUGUUUUGAAAAACAGACUGAAAACACACUAACUCAGCUUGUUCGAACUUUGCUGCAAAAAAACAAACCAUUACAGUGGUUCACAAAUCCAUAACAGAUUUUUUUAACUUCGGAUAUUUCGUAAUUUAAGUUACUUAUAAAUCACAGUAUAAGCUUCAGAUUUAUAUGGCCUAGAUGUACUCUACACAAAAUAUGACUACUGUAUUUUAUGUAAGUUAAACAUUUAAAGCUUUUAUUAAUAGAGUAACGAAUAGUUUUAUUUAUCUGCUCCACUUCUGUAAACAAUAACGUGAAUUAUGCUUAAUUGCACAUAACUUUUCAUUAGCUCUUUGGCAUUACCUCUUUAUUUGGUUCAUUUCAAAAAUCUUAACGGGGUCGGGUCCCAAUUGAGCUUUUCUGUAUAUCCAUUCUCAUCCUUGGUUCUUCAACUGCUCUUGGAUGGUCUGCAUAUUAACAGCAUUAUUGUUUUGGUUGGGUGGAGAGGAGCUUGGGAUGUCCACAGAGGCUUUUGAAAGCUGACUUGUAAAUUGGAAAGCUUCAUGCUAUUACCAACUCUUACUCAAUGCAGUUCUUUCAGCUUGGCUAGAUGUGGAGAACGCUAUGGCAUUAACAAAGAAAUACUGGAUUGUUAUUGGGAAGUUUAUUUGCAGCAUGGCUGGUGAUUUGGGAACCACCUGUUGUUAGACUAUUGCCCUCUAUUGUAGCUGACUCCUACUUUUCAGUCAUAGUUCUCUUUAUUUAUAGAGCAAUUAGUUUAGCAAUAUCAUAUUUUUAGAUACAGUGGGCCCACUAUAAUCUUGGCACUGCGCCAGUUCGGCACCUGUGUUAACAAACAAACUAUGAUCACUCAGUUGUCUCGUGGUUUACCCGCUGUUCAUGUUUACAGAGCCAGUGUUAUCCAUCAAGUAUCAGGUUGAGAAUAUCCUAUAUGCUUGGUUUCUUAAAAAACAAAAAAGCCAUAUACCAAAUUCAGGGGAGAUUCUUACAAAGAAGGCAAAGGUAUUCUAAGAGAAAAUAACGGAGAAAAACAAUUCCGAAGCAAGUUAAGGAUGAUUAGAGUAAUUCAAAAAGCUUUUCGGAAUUCAGUUAAGUAUGUUAGGUGAAAAACUAUGAUAUGAUGCUGCAGUUGAACCAUUCAAGGAAAAUAUUAAGCAAAUCAUUGAGAAACUAGACCUAACUCCCAAUCAAGGCUGUAACGCAGAUGAGAGUGGUUUAGUUUACCUGCUUUUGCCAAAUGCUGCGAUGAAUGUCUUUUCAACUUCUCUAAAGUGGGCAGAGGAAUAUGAUGUGUCUGCUAGUGAUGUUCUUGUUUUAAAGAAGUUUCAAGAGAAAGUAUUAAAAGUGUAUUUCCAAACCAAGAAACAAAAGAAAAUCUAAGGUUUUUGUAUUCCAAUGGAAUAGAUCUACCGCAUCGUAAGUUAAGGUUAUGUUUACUUCUAGUGUGGUACAGCACUGAUAAAAACCAACUAUUACAUACGUAAAACGAAUGUUUAAAGGAGAUUUUGUAAUGCCUUUAAUUUAGAUUUAGUAGACCAGUACUGUAAUAGUGAUUUUGAAUAGUGUUUGGUAUAAUAAAACACAUAUUUUGUACAUUUUUAGCAUUUUUAUCGAUGAUCAUAGAAUAAUAUGGCAUUUUCACUAAUUUGGCAAUACGUGAUUUGAUAUCUGCUGGAUUAGUUAGAGUCUACUGUACAGUAUUUUUAUGAGUAGGCCAUGUUAAUUUAGAAACUGCCAAAAAGUUUUUCUGAUUUAGGUUCUGUUUCUGGACCCAUGCAUGGACAGAACUUAGAUGGACUACUUGAAACUUGAUAUUUUAGUUGAAUGAUGCUGGGAGAGAAUCAGGUAACUCUUGUCCUGGUGACUUAGAGAGAUCUCGAGAGUGAUCAUAUUCGAUCAGCAUGUGCUAAUUUUUGUUCUAAUCAAACAUUAAUCAUGUCUUUGACAUCAUUGCCAUUGGAAGUUCUAGAAGCAAUAAUGAUGUAUGUUGAUGCAACCGAUCUGGUCAAUGUAUGGAAGUCUGUAGGCUUUGACAGCAGUGAAACCUUUUGGAGGAAAAUGUGUGAGAGAGAAGGCUAUAAAAAAGAUUUAGAAGAGGAUGAAUCCUGGAGAGAUGUUUUUGUGAUAAGGACCAACUGGCUUAGUUAUAAGAAUUGUGUAAAACGUGAGUAUGAAUUUAUUACAAAAACAAAAAUGCAAGUUUUUGCACAUAUGAUGUGUGCAAAGCCAUUAAGGGGAACACUGUGUGGGGAAAACUUAAUAUUGGACGACGGAUGUGAGGUAUCGGUUUGGAACAUUGAUGAUGGGCCAAAGUUGAUCCAAACUUUACCAGGUACAGUUUUGAAAACAAGCAAUUCAAACUUGUUAUUGAAGACUGGUUCAGACACAGUGAUAUAUUCACUAGAAAAUAGAGAGUUUUAUGAGAUCGUUAAGACUUUCCCUGACUGUAAAAAAUUCUACUGUGAAAAAAGGGUGUACUGUUUGUCAGAUGAGUUCUUUGCUGUGAUCACAACUAAGGGUGAAAUAUACCACCUGUUGAAAAUUAUCAAUCUGAGAAACCAAGAGGAAUUCAGUGAGAAUCUAUGUUUUCCUCAUAUUGAUAUAUAUGAUUUUUCAUUUUAUGGUGAGAUUUUGAACAUAGUGUUGCUUCUACCCACACAUAAUCUUGUUCUGAAAAGUUUUAACCUGCACCUUAAACAUUGGCUUUUUGAUUUGUUGUUGUUUGACAGUGUGUUUUUGGAAGAUGUUUCGAAAAUCAUGACUGAUAAUAUCAUAGUGGCAUGGUACAACAUAGGACACUCUGGAUGCAUCAGAUUCUGGGACAGAAGCACCCAGAACGAGAUAAGAACCACUUUCAGCAACAGAGAAGUCCCUCACUUCUUUUGGGUUGUUGCAACAGAAAAGUAUGUAAUACUUUCUGUUAAAGAGAAAAAUUUCUACAUUUGGCAUUCAAUUGAUCCUAACAACUUCAAGGUAAUGGAAAGAGGCACUCAGUUCUAUAAUGGUCAGAGCAUUGUUUCGAGUUCACUGUUAGUCCUAUCUUAUUCGUUUGGUUUUAAGGUUGUAGACUUCAAACAGGUAGUAUAUUUGUAUGAAGUUCGGUUUGAAACUCCAGGAAUUGAGCUUGACAAGCUUUUCCUGCCUCAGCCAUUCUUUGUCAGUAAAAAGUUCUACAUUGGUCUUCUUGAUACCACUAUUGUGAAUGUAGAUAAAGCCUGUAAAAACAAAGAAAACAAGUACAUUAUGUCCAUUUAUGACUUUAGAGCUGAGAUUUACAAAGAAACAUAAAUAUUUAAUAAGAAUAAUUGCUUUGCAGUGUUGAUAGACUUUUUGUCAAAAACAUCAUGAACACACUUGGAAUUGUGUGUACAGUGAGACUAUGCUAACAAACCAUAUAAGUAUAGGCCAUCAAAUAGAAACAACUUCAACGUGACUCAGUGUUUCAGUUUAGCAUCCGAUGACUGUGUAAGCAAUGUUUCGACGUGGUGUGAACUACAGUAGUUGCCUUUGACAUUGAUAUGACACUAACCAUGUAAACCUUAGAAUUAACCUCAUGUAUAACUUCUUGAUAGAUGUCUGUUUCUCACAUAGAACUCAAUGUCUGGAAGAUUCAUUGUUAAUGCGAUGAAAGAGAUAAAUCUCUAUUGCAGAUGAACCCUGUUCAACUGCAAAAUUCCCUCAAAGUAUCUUAUGUCAUACUUUUUGCUGCUAAUGGAUUGAUUUCCUUGUCAAUGUCAGAGUUGGCUUUUCGUCAUCUCUCCUUUAAUCUUUGUAACGGUGACUAUAUAUUCUUAUUCAAAUGGUCACUGGCUCCAUUAAGAUCAAUCCAUACUUCAAUAUCGUUGUGUGGAAUAUCUUGGUAUCCAUGUAUUUUUUCAUAAUGCUGAUAAAUUCAAAAUUACUGUCAGCUUCUUGUAAUACAUCAGGAAACUCGUUUCAUAAAUGGUUCAAAAUUUUUCUCCACGAGCUCACAAGGGUGCUGUAAUUAAUCUCAUGAUCAUAGAUUAAGUCAAGUUCAUCAAGCAACUUACUACUGAGAUUCACAACUUUCAUCCAAGGAAAGGACUUAAGACAAAAGAAGCUUGCUUCUAUGUCUCUUCUUUGUAGGAGCCUACACACCUUGAUCCAUUGGUUGACAAAGUGUGGUAACAUUUUUUGGAAGAAAGAGUGCUAUUAUAUUCCCGUCCACCAAAUAUUCAGCAUCAAGGUGGGUUUCAGCAUGAUCCAAGAUGAGAAGUGCUUUUCUUGAAAGAUUCUAGGGUUUCAAGAAAUUCUCGAUUUGAGGGAUGAAUUACUGAAAAAACUAAUCCUCAAUAUUUAUUCCUCCAUCCAUGCAUUACACUGGUUUCUAUACCAAACCAGCAAAUUAAAGCUAUCGGUUUUAUGUCAGUGGUUGAUGUUUUUCAACAGCAGUAUAUCUGUUAAUUUCUUGAUGUGAUGUAUGUUAGGUUAAGUGUUAGAGAGGGCUUCUUAGCCCUAACUUCGCCUGGUAAAAUAAGACAUUCUUUACUUUUUACUUUUAUGUCUCUAGACAGCAUUCUAUAAACCACACGCAUUGUUCUAAUUCAUCAUGUCGACACCCCACUCUGCUAAAUUUACUUUCACUUUAGUUGUUCAUUCACGUUCUGAGUUACUUCAGUAUAGCGUUAGUGAACAGCUGUGCUCAAAAGCUUCGUUGGUGUUGUAUAUAAGAUAUUGGGGUUUUAAAAAGUAGUUUGUGUUAUAGAUUUUAAUAAUAACAGAGAAAAAUGUAAGCAAGUGACUGUGUCGAUGGAUAUGAAAAUAGAUGGUUUAAAGAGACUUGAAAGUACAAAUAAUAUAGUGUGUUGGACUUAAAUGUUGGGCUGUCAACUGUACUUAGGUGAAAGAACAAAAAUUUAGAUUAAAUACAGAAGUUUAAUCUUUAUUUUUGAAAAGAAUGUACAUAAAAUCUUGUACAACCAGUGUAAUGCAUGGAUGGAGGAGUGAAUAUUGAGUAUUAGUUUUUUCAGCAAUUCAUCCCUCAAAUCGAGAAAUUCUUGAAAACAUAUAAAAUGAAAUAUAAUAUACGUGCAAAUUACGAGAAAGUUAUUGAGGCUUUAUAUCAGACUUGGUACUGGAUGAAAAGUGGAGACGGGUCAUCUAUAUCAGGGCCUAUUCUGAAGGAGAAUGCUCUCAAGUUUUAUACAGAAAUAAAGAAAAAGAGGAUGAACUCACAGCAAGCAACAGCAUCAGUUACUGUGGGCAUUUUAGUGAGGUUCUAUUUUAUCUGUAAUCUAUUGUGUUUCUACUGUAUUCCCAGUUCAUCCAGACCACUCCUGGUCCCAAGUAAUCUGGAUAAACAAGGUUUUACUAUAUAUAAAUAUCGAAGUGAUAGGUUAGCCAAUGACUAACCAAAAUAACCAAACAUGACCCUAGUAAAAGUUGCUUAGUUUUCAAGAAUUGACAAUUUUUUGGAAACCACAAAAGUAGCUAUGUUAGAGAUGUAGC